UUUCUCUGCUUCCUGCCAGCUGAUUGUCCUGCAGGGUGGUGGCAACCCUGCACCCCACCCAUGCCAGAUGGCAACGGUAUUCUGUAAAGUGGGGGGUGGGGAGGAAGCUGUACCGAAGAAGGAAGCCCUCAAUGUUGUGAAUGUGAUCGACCAACUGCCAAAGCCAUGUCCAAACCCAAAGUUUAUUAACCGGUCUAUGGCUACCAAAGGCCUCCUGCUUCCCUCAAGACGUAGCUUGACCAACUACUCAGAGGAAGAAACCACUGAUGUCAUGUUGCAGAUGCCAGUGGAAGAUUCUGAAUACAGCUCGGAUGACACUAGUAUGUCACCGUCCACUCUGGCGAACCCCAUCAAAAUGGCUGUGACCCAGCCCAAUAGCAGCUUCUUUGCUGGCAUCCUGGAGGGUGAACUGAACAAACUCAGUUUAUCGUCACUGGCCAAGAACACAGAAAAGGAGAACAUGGCCAUCUGCCCCCGUUCAUCUAAGUCCCAAAUGGCCACCAGGGGCCUAUUGGACCUGGACAACCCUGCGCUGGAUACAGACACCUCCUCAACACGCUCUGAGUCUUCUGUGGUCAUGGAUGUGCCGGAGGCCCCAUUCAUUUGUGAACACACUGUUGGUGAUUCCACAGCUGUGAUUUCCUGGACUUAUGCUGCAGGUAAGCAGCAGGUCAGUUUCUAUCAGGUGCUGCUACAGGAGGCAACCAAACCAGGUGACAAGGAGGUGCCCAAGGUCAAGAACAGACCCUGGAUCUUCAACAAGAUACUGGGCACCACUGUCAAGCUGAUGGAGCUGAAGUCAAACACGAGUUACUGCCUUACUGUCCGGGCUGCCAACACAGCAGGGGUAGGGAAGUGGUGCAAGCCCUAUAAGUUUGCCACCGUGUGUACUGACUUCAACAGCUUCCCUGAAAACAAUCCCAUCCAGAUUACUGUGCAGCGCAAACAACCUCAGCGGAGAACUGUGUCCAUGACAAUGGAGGAAAUGCGGAGACUGGAGGAUCUGGAAUACUUAUAUCCAUAUUAAGGGGUGUGGGUCGAGGCUAUCCCUUGCCCACUGUCUGCCUUGGCUCUGGGUCCUCAGGAACCAGAACCAUGAGAUGUACUGUACUAUCAAGCACCAAGCCAAAGAACCACUAGUUAUCCACCAGCCUAGGGCCUGGGGCAGAUGUAUUGGAACCUCAACCCUGGGUUAGGGCCAUGGAUAGACAGGAGCCCCGCUCGCCUAGUGACAUCUUGGGCUGGGUCAGGCUCAGUCACUGCCCAACAGCUGCUAGGCACCCUUCUUCCUCCCUGACCUGGGCUGGUUCCAGGUCCCCCAUUAAAGAACUGAAGGCCCAUACAGCACCCUGAAACUCUGCUUCCUGUUGCCACAAGCCUAAGCUGGGCCAGAGCACAGGCCUCUUGUCAGAACCAGCAGUCCGGCAGGUAGAAUGAGACUAAGGAUGGCUGGGUGACAGGGUGACAAUCAAGACUAAAUGCUCAGCUUUAGGGAAAUGUUCUGGCUGAAUCCUAGCUUGUGCAACCUUCCCUUAUGAAGUACAAGGCCAUUGUCUUCUGGGGCUCAGGUAGCUAACACUAAUGUAAGGCCUUUUGGGCAUGGGUGCAGGAUCACGGUGACACACAUGCGCCGACACUGGGCAAAUCUAACUGGUGGCUCCCGUAUCUCUCAUGUAGCCCUAUUCUGAUGUGAGAGGGGAGGCUGAAUACUCAGCUGAGUGACAUGCAAAAUGUAAAAUGCCCUAAUAGAGGUAGGAAGCAUAAGGAUCUAUUACCAGGCAGACCCAGAAAUCUCUCCAAAGAUGACUAGAGGCCAUGAACAGACAAUGCUGAGCCCCAGUUAACGAUACAGCAAGAGAAAAUGACAGUAGGUUCUUGCAGAGCAAAGGUCUCAGCCAAGGCCUGAAAGACUGGGGAACCCUUCAUUCCUUCAAGGUCCUUUGAGAGCAGUCCCUCAUGAUACUGUCUCACACCAACUGCCCCCCCCCCCCAAUCCUCUGCAAUGGCCUUGGCCUUCCUCUUUAGCCUGAGGGCCUGGAAUGGUGCUGGGAAUCUGGCAAGGUCUUAAACAGUAUUUGUCAAGAGAGGCACUGGCAAGACUGUCAUCUAAUCCCAGAGUCCUCAUGAGCAGGCUGAGAACAGGGUCAAUAGAUGUGCGUACUUUUUAGUUUGUGCAAAUAGGCACGUGGCAGGAUGACCAUGGACAGCACAGCCUUAGCCUUUCCGCUGGCCACUGGCCUCUCUCUUACUGUGAAGGAGCAAAGGGCAGCUUCCUGAUCAGCAAGGGCUACUGUCAUCCAGUGCAGGAGAGGGCCCAAAUGAACCUUCUCGAAGUCCCUGACUGAGUGUGGGGGUUCUAGGACAAAAAGCUGCAACAGGAACACAAAAUAUAAGUUAUUUAUUUGGCCA